AGGAGAAAAGUUCACCGGCUGCGCGCUUCACCAUGGCGGCCAAAGAGCUGCACGACUCCUCCGAGUCGGACUUCGAGGCGGACCCGGUCCGCGCGCCGGGCGGCGGGGCUCCGGCCGGGCCCGUGUCCGGCUCGCAGGUCAUCCACAGCGGACACUUCAUGGUGUCGUCGCCUCACAGCGACUCGGCGGCGCGCCGGAGGAAGAGCGGCGGGUCUCGGACCUACGACUUCGACACGGUGAACCGGAGGUGGUGCCAGACGUACCGGUACGGGCCGCUGAGCUCCGGCAGCCUCAGCAUCGACCCCACGCUCACCCGGCUCUUCGAGUGCAUGUCGCUGGCCUACAGUGGGAAGAUCGUUUCACCCAAGUGGAAGUCUUUCAAAGGCCUGCGGCUGCUGUGGAGGGAUAAGAUCCGUCUGAAUAACGCCAUCUGGAGGGCUUGGUUCAUUCAGUAUGUGGAGAAGAGGAAGAACCCUGUGUGUGGGUUCGUCACGCCGCUGGAGGGCUCCGAGGCCGACGCUCACCGAAAGCCUGAAGCCAUCAUUUUAGAGGGCAGCUACUGGAAGCGGAGGAUCGAGGUGGUGAUCAAGGAGUAUCACAAGUGGAGGAUUUACUAUAAGAAAAGGCUCCAGAAGAAGAAGGAUGACAUUCUGUCGAUGCUGCAGGAGGGUCCGAUCUGUCAGACCAAGUUGGACAAACGCUUCAACCAGACCUACCAGGAGCCCGAGGCCGCCCCGGUGGAGGCCCACAUGUUCGACCUGGACUGCCUGCUGUCCGACAUCUCCGACACCCUGUUCACCAUGACGCAGAAACCCUGUCCCUGGGCCAGCGACCGGCACAACACGUACACCAGCAAUGCCGACAUCAUUCAGCCGGGCCUGACUCCUCUGCAGCCCAACCUGGACGACUUCAUGGACAUACCAGAUAUCUUCAUCAACUAUCGAGGCCAGCCCACGGAGCAGACUGAUUUUGCUGACUGUGGCUAUUUCGAGAGCUCAUCUGGCAGCGCGUUCGCCGCAGCUCCCUCCCCCGUGGUAACAGCUCCUCCGCUCCUGAUCAACACGCAGCUGGCUCAGCCGAAUCUGUCCGCCGACAGCCUGCCCCAGCCCUCCACGUCCAACCCGAGGCCGGACCAGACCAGGCCGGGCCCGGACUGCAGUCAGUUCCACUCGUCCGGCAUCAUGCCGUACGGACAGUCGUACCACAAUGCUCCCGCUUCUGCGGUGUUCGCCGGCGGCGGCGAGCAGCCGGCGUCCGCCGGCGCACCUUUCCUCUACCCGCUGCCGUGUCACAAGUUCGGCUACUACACGACGACCAGCGUGACCUCCACCGUCAUCACUCACACCGCCUCCACCGGGGGCGCGCACGGCUCCGCGCACCACGCUCACGGCUACUCCCAGGCGGGGGACACGUACUCGCAGACCCCCGCCCCCUCCCUGACCUACCCGCCUGUGGUGUCCGACCCGGUCCACGCCGCUCUGCCCCCCGUCACGGCGGCGCACUGCUUCUCGGUGCCCGAGCAGGUGGCGGGCACGGCCGUCCGAGGGAAGCACAAGCAGAAGACAGGCGGAGCCAGGACGGCGGGUCCCUCCUCGGCCCCCCCAGACCCCCGGAUCGCUGCCCCCGUGCCCACCAGCUGCCUGGCUAAGCUGCUCUCCUCCAGCGCCCACGAGCGAAAGCCAGCGCUGGGCUUUGAUGCUGCUCUGGUGACAGUCAAAGGUCAGAGGUCAACGUCUCCCAGCCCCUCAAUAAGCAGCGGUGAUCACGGCCCCGGAGUGAUGCCGCAGCUGCAGCACGGACCAGUCUGGCCUUCAGGGAUCCCCGUGCUGACCCCCCCGCACGGCCACGGCGGGCCUCACAGCAGCUCCUCCAGGGGCUCCGCCGUGUCGGUGCUGCUCACCCAGGGCUCCACGCACAACGCCACAACCCUCCUCGUCCCCAAGACUGAGAAGCUGUCGCCCGUCCAUCUGUACGGCGCCGACCGGAGCAGCCUCAACGUGAAUUUUCCACUACAUCCAGGCCAAACGUCACCACCAAACCCUUUAGAUAAAGCCUCCAACCCCGAGUCUCCACUCUCAGGUUUCUCAGGGCACGGAAAGCUCGACUCCAGUAAGCAAACGGAGACCAGGAGGAUAACUCACAUCUCGGCUGAGCAGAAGCGGCGUUUCAACAUCAAACUGGGAUUUGACACUUUACAUAACCUUGUGACAACACUCAGCUCUCAGCCGAGCAUAAAGAUCAGCAAAGCCACCACGCUGCAGAAGACGGCCGUGUACAUCAGUAAGAUGCAGCAGGAGAGAGCUCAGCUGCACGAGGAGGCUCAGAGGCUCCGGGACGAGAUCCAGCUCCUCAACUCCGCCAUCAACGCGUGCCAGCAGCAGCUUCCAGCCACCGGCGUCCCCAUCACACGGCAGCGCUUCGACCUCAUGAGGCAGAAGUUCAGAGAGUACGUCCGAGCACAGACUCUGCAGAACUGGAAGUUCUGGAUCUUCAGUAUCAUCAUCGAGCCGCUGUUUGAGUCCUAUAAUGGGAUGGUGUCCACUGCCAGCGUAGAAGACCUGUGUCGGUCCACUCUGUCCUGGCUGGACCAGCACUGCUCUCUUCCUGCGCUCAGACCCAUGGUCCUGAGUUCACUCCGCCUCCUGAGUACCACCACAGCCAUCCUGACAGACCCCGGCUCUCUGCCCGAGCAGGCCACACUGGCUGUCACCCAGGGCGACCCCGCCACCGGCCCGGACCACUCCUUACAGCCCACCACUCGUCAGUAACGCCUGCUUUCAACACAGACUGAGGGGAGGGUUUACUGGAACUCAUAAGAAGAUGCAGGAAACCCCAAACCUGUGGAAAUGUUUAAAAAAAGGACUAUUUUCAUCCUACAGACUGUUAAUAAUGUUUAAUUGUUUUCCAAUAAAACUGAAAAGUUU